AAACGAAACCUGUGGCCUAUCAGUCUGAGAGAGAGAGAGAGAGAGAGAGAGAGAGAGAGAGCGCAAGGAAAUGGUGACAGAAGCAUUGAUCGCUUACAGAAGUCUACUUCGAGCAACUCGGAAAUCUUUCGCUGGGGACUCAGUGAUGCUGAACGCGUCAGCCUCCGAGGUCAGGAAGAAAUUCGAGGAGAAUCGUCAUGUUACGUCUCAGACUGAGAUCCAAAGGCUCCUGGAAGAAGCUCGCGAAGCCUCCGAUUUCAUCUCUACCAUGAUCGUUCAAGCUAAACUCAACGAACGAGGCGGCUAUGAGAUGAAGCUUGGUCAAGAACAUGCUGGAGCAACACUUGACGUUCCAUCUGAAGAGAUCCUUAAGAAGUCUGUGUAAGAUGGCCUUAAUGGCAUGAAGUAGGUUGUGUCCUGGUGUGUGUUUGGUGACUGGCACUGGUGAUACGUUUUUAACAACCUUCUAUCUGGAUCUCCUUGUGAAGGAUUAUCCUGUUCGGAGUUGUUGACUUCCAUCAAUUACUAAACUUAUUUUUUUGGUUGAACCAAAGUAGCAACCAAUUUUUUAUGUGCUUCAUAUGUAUGCCAAUAUAUUCUGCACUAGAACGGUUGUCAUUGUUAAAAGAACUUAUCCUAGGGUCUUUUGCCUUUCAGUUGCUUAAGAUUUAUGUGCCUAUUCUUGAAGGCCAAAUCGGCCGGCUGCUGCUGCAUUAUUUAACGAUUCCUUAUUUUCUUAGCCUA